GCCAUGGCAACGCCCGCUCGGCCAUGGCGGCGAGGCCGGGCCCGGGCCCGGGCCUGGGGCUGGUGCUGGGGUUGGGGCUGGGGCUGGGGUCGCUGCUGGCCGCCGCCGAGCCCCGCGUCUACCUGGGCAGCUGGGCCGUGAGGGUGGCGGCCGGGCCCCGGGAGGCCGCCAGGCUGGCUCGCCGCCAUGGGCUGCUCUGCCUCGGCCAGGUGCUGGAGGGAGAGCCCUACUACCACUUCAGGCACCGCGGCACCAGGCAGAAGUCCUUAAGCAGGCACUGGGGCUGGAACCAGCGCCUGAACAGGGAGCCAAAGGUUCUCUGGUUUGAGCAGCAAACAGCAAAGAGGCGCGUGAAGAGAAGCGUCAGCGUGGUGCCGACAGAUCCCUGGUUCCCUAAGCAGUGGUACAUGAACAACGACAUCAACCCUGAUCUAAACGUCCUCGCUGCCUGGAGCAAAGGCUACACCGGGCUGGGGGUUGUGCUGUCCAUCCUGGAUGAUGGCAUUGAGAAGGAUCAUCCCGACCUGUCCGCCAACUACGAUCCCCUCGCGAGUUACGACUUCAACAGCAAUGACCCCGACCCCCAGCCCAGGUACAAUGCCUGGGACGAGAACCGGCACGGGACGCGCUGCGCAGGAGAGGUGGCAGCCGUAGCCAACAACCAGAUCUGCGGCGCGGGCAUCGCGUACAACGCAAAAGUUGGAGGCGUGCGGAUGCUGGACGGUCCCAUCAUGGACAUCGUGGAGGCUCAGUCCCUCGGCCUGCGCCCGCAGCACAUCCACAUCUACAGCGCCAGCUGGGGCCCCAUGGACGACGGGCGGACCGUGGACGGGCCGGGCGUGCUGGCUGCGGAAGCUUUCUACAGAGGGGUGACAAAAGGGCGCGGGGGCCUUGGCUCCAUCUUCAUCUGGGCCUCGGGCAACGGCGGCAUCAACUACGACAACUGCAACUGCGACGGGUACACCAACAGCAUCUACACCCUGACGGUGGGCAGCGUCUUGGCCAGCGGCCAGCGGCCCUGGUACAGCGAAGCCUGCUCCUCCACCCUCACCACCACCUACAGCAGCAGCACCAGGAGCGAGGUGCAGAUCGUGACCACCGACCUGCGCCACCGCUGCACCAACAAGCACGCGGGCACCUCCGCCUCGGCCCCGCUGGCUGCAGGAAUGGUCGCCCUCGCUCUGGAGGCCAACCCGGCGCUGAGCUGGCGGGACGUGCAACACCUCGUGGUCAGGGCCUCCAAACCUGCCCACCUGCAGGCAGAAGACUGGGCUGCGAACGGGGUCGGACGCGAGGUGAGCCACCACUACGGCUACGGGCUGCUGGACGCUGGGCUGCUGGUGGAGCUGGCCAAGGCAUGGACAGGGACUCGGCCCCAGAGGAGGUGCUCGGUCAGAGCUCUUCGCGCCCCCCGGAACAUCGGCUCCAAGCUCACCGUCUCCGUAGAUGCCGCCUCCUGCUCAGGGAGAACCAAGCGCAUCCGCUCGCUGGAGCACGUCCAGGUCCAGCUCUCCCUGAGCUACAGCCGCAGGGGGGACCUGGUGCUUGCCCUGACCAGCCCCAUGGGGACCACGUCCACGCUGGUGACCGUGCGCCCGUACGACACCAGCCAGCAGGGCUACAAGGACUGGACCUUCAUGUCCACGCACUUCUGGGAUGAGGACCCCAAUGGGACCUGGACGUUGCUGCUAGAGAACAAGGGCGAUGCCUAUAACACAGGCGUGCUGAGCAGCUUCAUCCUGCACCUGCACGGCACAGACGAGGACAUGAUGGCCAGGCGCUUCGCAGCCUCCCCCGUGGACAAGUGCCUCAAGUGGGAUGCGCAGGGGGCGUGCGAAGAGUGCAGCAGCUCAUUCUACGCCUACCAGCAGCUGUGCCUGCCCUACUGCCCGCCGCGUUCCUACGGCCGGACCCAGGGAGCCGCCUCCACGAACGCAGCCCGGGUCUGCGCCAGCUGCCACCCCUCCUGCUACACGUGCCAGGGCGCCUCGGCCAACAACUGCACCGCCUGCCCCCCUGCCCGCAUCUUCAACGGGCUCUCCCACUCCUGCCCCCCUCUGCUGGGUUUCUCCCCCGAGGAUGGGCAGCACGGGGACCUCCUCCCAGUCCUCCUGAUCUGCGGGAGCCUGAUCCUCUUGGCCAUCGUCUGUGGCACGUACCGCAAGGUCAUGCACGCUGGCUGGCUCUACAGGUAGCACCUGCUGGCCCUGGGCUGGAGGGAUGGAAGGACACCAGCCCGGGACAGAGCUGUCCUUGCCCCCCUUUCUGAAUAAAGGUUUUGUUGCCCUUCUGGGCUGCCCUUUCUGAAGGUUGACUUCACUUGCCGGCAGCUGUGUGCUGACCCCGCUCCGUAUCCAGCUCCGUGCAUGGGUACGGACGCAGUGGUGGCUUCCCCCCCCGCCUGGCUUGUCCCCUGCAUCCCCUGGGGAUUUGCACGGCGCUGGGGACCCAGCGCCCUGGCUGGCUGCUGCGAGGGAGCUAUUUCCAGCUGGGCCGGGCUGCGUGGCCAAGCACGGAGCCCCGCGCCCUUUCCCAGGCGCAGAGGAGGAGGAGGAGGAGGAGAUGUGACUUCCCUCCAAACAGCUGCGCCCGAGUAAACACGUCCAGCGCCUCCAGCGCUGGCUGAGCCGCGAGCCCACGCAGAUUUUGGCAGGGAAGAGGGAGCUGGACUGGGAGCCGCCGCUCCGUGGUGCUGGCACAGCAGGGCCCUGCUUGUCAGCAGCCUUCAGAAACGUGCCCGGGGCUGGCUGCUGCACCCCGUGGUCGCCCCACGCUGCGGAGGCGAAGGCCCUCGGCCCUCGCUGCCCCACCAGGGCCGG